AGGCUCAGAGCAGGAAAAAAUAUGCUCACCGUAAUUUUACUCAUCUUUCUCCUGAACAUUCCACUCCUUGUGGCUAGUUUGAUUUAUCCCAGGUGCUUUUGGAGUAUGAAGAAUGAAUACCAGGAUAGAAACCUGGGAACAGGUUGUAUGUUCUUUAUUGUAGCAGUGCAACAACCUGUGGAAAAAGAGUAUUUCAGUCAUAUUUCGAAUAUACAAACACCUACAGAAAACCAAAAGUAUCCUCUCGCCUUGGCUUUUUCCAUGAAUGAAAUCAACAGGAACCCUGAUAUUUUGCCAAAUAUGUCCUUAGCAUUCAAAUCCUCAGUACACAGUUGUUAUUUGGAAUCCCAAUACACUAGUCUCUUUUCUUUGGCUUUACAAAAUCAUGAAAUUCUCCCUAAUUUUAUCUGUACAGAAGACAUCAAGUGUGGUGUGGUACUUAGCGGACUAAAAUGGGAAACAACAGUGACACUUCAUAUAAUCCUAAACAAUUUCAUGUUUCAGCAGUUCCGUCAGCUUACUUAUGGACACUUUCAUCCUGCUCUGUAUGAUCAUGAAAAUUUUCCUCAUCUAUAUCAGAUGGCCUCUGAUGAUACAUCUCUAGCCCUUGCUCUCGUCUCCUUCAUAAUUCAUUUCAGUUGGAACUGGAUAGGGUUGGCCAUCUCCGACAAUGAUCAAGGAACACAUUUUCUCUCUUAUUUGAGAAGAGAGAUGGAAAAAAAUACAGUCUGCUUUGCCUUUGUCAACAUUAUUCCAGUCAAUAUGAAUUUGUACAUGUCAAGAGCUGAAUUGUAUUACAGCCAAAUUAUGACAUCAUCCGCAAAUGUUGUUAUCAUUUAUGGUGAUACAGGGAAUACGUUAGCUGUGAGCUUUAGAAUGUGGGAAUCUCUAGGUAUACGGAGACUAUGGGUCACCACCUCACAGUGGGAUGUCACUCCUUUGAAGAAAGACUUCACAUUUGAUAAUGGAUAUGGAACUUUUGGUUUUGGACUCCGCCACAGUGAAAUUUCUGGUUUUAAAUAUUUUGUUCAGACAUUGAAUCCUUUCAAAUACUCAGAUGAAUAUUUGGUAAAGCUGGAAUGGAUGUUUGUUAAUUGUAAAAUCUUAGAAAAUAAAUGUAAGACACUGAAGAACUGCUCCUUUAAUCACUCAUUGGAAUGGCUAAUGACACAUACUUUUGACAUGGCCGUUAUUGAAGGGAGUUAUGAAAUAUACAAUGCUGUGUAUGCUUUUGCCCAUGCACUCCAUGAGAUGACUUUACAAAAUGUUGAUAAUCUUCUCCUUGACAAUUAUAAAGAACAAAAUUAUAACUGCAAGAAGGUUUAUUCCUUUCUGAGCAAGAUUCAAUUCACAAAUCCUGUUGGAGACAGAGUGAAUAUGAAUCAAAGAAACAAACUGAAGGAAGAGUAUGACAUUUUCUACAAUUGGAAUUUUCCACAGGGACUUGGAUUUAAAGUGAAAAUAGGAAUAUUUAGUCCAUAUUUUCCAAAAGGUCAACAGCUACACUUAUGUGAAAAUAUGAUAGAAUGGUCCACAGGAAGUAUACAGAUGCCAACCUCUGUGUGCAGUGCCGAUUGUGGUCCUGGAUUUAGAAAAGUCUGGAAGAAUGGAAUGCCAGCCUGUUGUUUUGACUGCAGUCCCUGCCCAGAAAAUGAAAUUUCUAAUGAGACAAAUUUGGAAUUGUGUGUCCAGUGUCCAGAGGACCAAUAUGCUAACAAAGAGCAGAAUCACUGCAUUCACAAAGCUCGUAUCUUUCUCACUUAUGAUGAACCCUUGGGGAUGGCUCUUUCCUUAAUGGCCUUAUGCCUCGCUGCACUCACAGUUGUGGUUCUUGGAGUCUUUGUGAAACAUCACAGAACUCCCAUAGUUAAGGCCAAUAACUGUACUCUCACCUACAUCUUGCUAAUCACACUCAUCUUUUGUUUCCUCUGCCCCUUGUUCUUCAUUGGCCAUCCAAACUCAGCUACCUGCAUCCUUCAGCAAAUCACAUUUGGAGUUGUGUUCACUGUGGCUAUUUCCACUGUGUUGGCCAAAACAACCACUGUCAUUCUGGCUUUCAGAGUCACAGCCCCUCAUAGAAUGAUGAAGUACUUUCUUGUUUCAAGGGCAUCUAACUACAUCAUUCCCAUUUGUACUCUCAUUCAAAUUAUUGUAUGUGCCAUCUGGCUAGGAGCUUCUCCUCCUUCUGUUGAUAUUGAUGCACAGUCUGAGCAUGGUCACAUCAUCAUUGUUUGCAACAAGGGUUCAGUCACUGCUUUUUACUGUGUCCUGGGAUACCUGGCCUGCCUGGCCUUUGUGAGCUUCACACUGGCUUUCCUUUCCAGAAACCUGCCUGUCACCUUCAAUGAAGCCAAGUCCAUGACAUUCAGCAUGCUGGUGUUCUGCAGUGUCUGGGUCACUUUCCUACCUGUUUACCAUAGCACCAAAGGCAAGGUCAUGGUGGCUGUGGAGAUCUUUUCCACCUUGGCUUCUAGUGCAGGAAUGUUGGGAUGCAUUUUUGUACCAAAAUGUUACACAAUACUGUUUAGACCAGACAGAAAUUCUCUUCAACUGAUCAAGGAGAAGUCAUCUUCACACACUCACAUUUUAUAA